GGCCGGUGCGGUGCCCAAAGAGGAGCAGAGAGCAAGCAAGGUGUCUUUGCAUUGGCCACACCCUGCGAAGCGCCGCGCCCGACCGUCCUCCUCCUCCGCCGCCAGCUCGGCGUUACUCGAUCCAUAUAUAUAUCAUCACCGCCGACGAUAUAUAUAUGGCGCCGGUGGGGCUCCCGCCGGGGUUCAGGUUCCACCCGACCGACGAGGAGCUGGUGAACUACUACCUGAAGCGCAAGAUCCACGGGCUCAAGAUCGAGCUCAACAUCAUCCCUGAGGUCGACCUCUACAAGUGCGAGCCAUGGGAGCUCGCAGACAAGUCGUUUCUGCCGAGCCGUGACCCGGAGUGGUACUUCUUCGGGCCGCGGGAUCGCAAGUACCCUAACGGGUUCCGCACCAACAGGGCGACGCAGGCCGGGUACUGGAAGUCGACGGGCAAGGACCGCCGCGUGCUGCACCACGGGGGCCGCCCCAUCGGCAUGAAGAAGACGCUCGUCUACUACCGCGGCCGCGCGCCGCAGGGCGUCCGUACCGACUGGGUCAUGCACGAGUACCGCCUCGACGACAAGGACGCCGAGGACACCCUGCCCAUCCAGGACACCUACGCAUUGUGCCGGGUCUUCAAGAAGAACACGAUCUGCACCGAGGUGGACGACCUACAAGCGCAGUGCAGCAUGGCGCUGCUGGAGGGCGCCUGCCAGCAGCUGCUCGCCAGCAGCAGCCAGGAGUACGAGACCCCGUCGCCCGACAUGCCCGUCGGGUCCACCUCCGGCGGCGCCGACGACGACUCCUGGAUGCAGUUCAUCUCCGACGACGCCUGGUGCUCCAGCACAGCCGACGGCGCCGUGGACAGCACUGCAUGCGCGGCGCUGGACGGCUGAGAAGCUGGAGCUGCCUUUGAUCUGUUCAUGGAAACUAUACUAAUAACUAUUUUUCUUCCUUUUUGUGGUUCAUGCUUCUGGAUAGCUAUAAGCCUAUAAAUAACCACCGAUCGAGUCUACAAGGUGUAAGAUAAUAGCAAUAAUGCAUCCUUUUGGUUUCCAACUUCCAUCCUAUUGCUGGGAGUUGGAUCGUUCCCUCAAGGUUGUUGGAGUCCUUCCUUGAGUUCAGUUCAUAAGGUGGGUUAUUUAUUAUACUAUAUAUAGGAACAAUCAGCUCCCUGAUGAUUUUUUUCUUUUGUUCAUUUUUUUUUGUUCUUUGCAUGUAUUGUGCUUCUUGAGUGAAGUUUUCUCUCUUUUCAGUGAAGCAGAGUGAAUAUAGCUAUGCCAUUGC